AUGCAGGCGCACUUCGCGGCCAGGCCUAGCGCCGGCCUAGGAGCGAGCCCGACGGGUGCCCCUGGCUUCGACAGCGAGACAUCCGGCGAGUCGGUGGGGCUUUGGGCGGGCGCAUACAGCUCCGAGGUCUCGCGCCUGGCGCCCAGCAUCAAGCAUCCCAGUGCUUACGACGAUGUGCAGACUCACAGAGGAGAUGCCCAGCACAUGUAUGUGCACCCCUCCAAGUCGGGAAACGAUGGUGGGAGAGGAGUCGCCCCACCCGGCAACUUCAAUCCUUUCGCGAGCGACCAGUACAUCUUCCAGGGAUUCGCGUCGCCGCCGCGCUACUUCGCACCCUUCGGCAUCGCUGGCAACGCCCCCAAAUCAGGAUCGUCUUCCAAUGACGGCGAGCUCGAAGACUCGGACACCCCUUGCGUCGCCACCCUGCCCAGCACCUUCCGGCUUGAGCGGACAAACUUAGUGGUCACUGCUCCCGUAACGGAGCGGUCGCUCUCCGUCGACUCGCUCCUAGACGCCCUCCGGGCUGCUCUGGCCGAUGCGGGUGUGGACGUCCUCGACUUGAAGCCUGCUCACUGCGUGCUGGAGUGCUCCUACCACGUGGGCAACCGUUUCCUCAGCCUGUUCGUCAGGGUGUUCAAGGCCCCCAACCGCGCCUCCGGCCAGCUCUUCGACAACAGCAGCAUGGGCAACAACAACAGUGACGGCGACGAGCAGACGCCCUUCCUGGUGGAGGCGCAGCUCCGCGAAGGAGACCGGCUGCACUUCUCAGCCCUUUUCCGGGAGAUCAUGCGUGCUUUCAUGAACCAGGAAGGCGUCAACCUGGCGGGAACGUUCCGCUACAAGCCCCGCACCUACCCGGCCACCGGAGAAGGCCUAGCCCUCGAACAGGUUAACAUGGCGCCAUCUCGCAACAGCAUCCGUCUCCUCGCGGAGCGCGGAGAGGCCAUCAAGACCGGGGGUUCUCCUCUCCCCGUGCCGGCCAGCAUGGCCAGCCCCCUGGCCUCUUCCUCCUCCUCCCCCGAGCUGGACUCGGACAUGAUGGACGACGUCGUGCUUCUGGCGGGCAUGCUCUCCGGCAGCUACCUGGACGUGCAGGCGGACGCGGCUGCGGCUGUCGCUGGCCUCACCACGGAUGGCAAGCUCGUGGACCAGCUGUCGAGCGCCGCGGCCGCCAACGCCGCCAACGCCCUCGCCCAUGCCGCCGCCCGCCUCCUAGUGGAAACCCGCCACAGGCCCGCCCGCAGGCAGGCGGCCGUGGCCGUGGCGAACCUCACGAAGACCCCCCAGCUCCGCGCGGCGCUCCUUGCCUCCGACCCCCCGGCGGGGGGUGGGGGGUUCCGCGGCAGGGCCGCCUCGGCGGACGACCUCCACGCCCAGCAGCGCCGGUUGGUAGAGUCGCUUGUGGUGCUGUCCAUGGGUCGCGAUGACGGGAGCGCGGCCAGGAAGAGUGAGGAGGAGAUUGGGAUGCGUCGGGAGUGCAUGCGCGCCCUUGUGGGGCUGGCCGAGAGUCACGUCGUGAGGGAUAUGCCCGCGAUGAGGCUCCUCCUGUCAACCGAUCCCAGUGGGAGGGGGGCCAAAGACGCCACGCUCACGAAACGCCUCGUGGAGUGCAGGGAAAUCCUCCGCAGCCGCGCUUGA